AUGUCUGGCCCUUAUAAGGAAAUUCUGGAUGUUCAAAUUUCAGAGGUUCCCGCUUUUGAUAGACCACCAGUUAAUAUUUCAAUUCGCGCCGAAUCGCUGGACGGCACAGAUGUGCACGUGGAAUUUGGGUUCUUGACCUCGAAACCAUUCCAUGAGGAUACGGGAUUUGUGGAAUUGAACAAGCCAGAUACUGGGGAUGAUUUGGUGUCAAUUGAGCUUGUAACUAAUACAGGCCUCAUGCUCAUCGAGGAAGGUACUGUACGUGGUACACAAAUUCGUUUGGAGACCAAAUACAAGAAAGCGAUGCCAGGAGUGUUUCGAACGGAAAUUGUGAAAGCUAAGAGAAUGUUCAAUUUGAUAAAUCCAAAUUCACUCGAAGAACGAGUGGUUACUUCACUUUAA